AUGUUGUCAGAAGAAAUCUUGAGUAAACUUCAACAUAUUGAUUACUGGAAAAGAUCGUAUGAAGAGUGGAAAGUGGAUACAUGGGACUUUUUUUACUUUAAGAAAUACCCUAAUGAAACAAAGAGGAAAUUGCAUAGUGCUCUGGCUAUUGAACUGGAAGUGUUGAUAAAAUAUUUAGGACCAAAGACAAGAAAGGGUCAGAAAGUGUUGGAUCUAAAACGUAAAUUGAAAUCUGGAAAAAAAGAUGGUGAAAGAGAAAACAUAACUCAUACUUCUUUUCCUCCUACUUCUGCUAAAAAAAGUAAUAUUGAUGAAAAGGAUAAUCCAAAGAAGAGGCUUAAGCCAGAUCAUGAAGCUUCUACAGAGGUCUCUUUGACAAAAAUCAUUCAUAAUAUAUUACCAGACCUGGUCUACCUUCAGUUGAGACAUUAUAAAUCAGAUUCAAGCACCAUAUCUGUUAAACAACGGUUUCCUGAUAGGAUUUCAAACUGG